AUGCAGAACAAUAUCAAAGAGCUAGGUGGCAAGAGAGAUGAAUUGAAGAAACUCUUCAGUCACAUAAAUGUCGAAAAUAGCCAGGAGGACUUGCUUACACCUUGCAGCUUCACUGUCCACGAGAAUAAUGGUGUUAUAGCAAUUGAAAUCACCGGUGGCUUGAAAGAGGAAAAGCCUAAAGUUUCAAA